AUGGUCCGCCUGGCGUCGCUCCUCGGGGGCUUGGUGUCCCUUGCCGCCAUCGUCACGGCCACGCCCGUGCCUGCAGAGCUUGAGACCCUAGCGCUUGAGGCUCCAGAGCUUGAGCCUGCGGAGCUUGAGGCUCGAGCCGUUGCCACCUUGGGCAGAUCCAACGACUGGUCCUGCACGAGCACCGUCCAUCCCAACCCCGUCAUCCUCCUGCACGGCCUCUUUGCCAGCGAAAAGCUCGACCUCAACUUUGUCGAGGCCUGGCUCCGCAACAAGGGCUUCUGCACCUUUGCUCUGCUCUACGGCUCCUCCACCCCCAAGCUGCCCAUCCUCGGCGGCAUCAAGCCCGUCGCCGAGUCGUCGCUCGAGGUGGCUGCCUUCAUCAGGGAGGUGCACAACCGCACCGGCGCCGACAAGGUGGACAUUGUCGGCCACUCCGAGGGCGGCUUCCAAGGCCUCUACGUGACCAAGUUCCACGGCGUCGCCCCCCUCGUCGACCAGAUCAUCGCCAUCGCCUCGCCCACCCACGGCACUGAUGUCUCGGGCCUCUACAAAAUCGCCUACCUGUUUGGCAAGUUUAGCUACGACGCCAUCAAGAAUCUCCUCGCCACUGUCGGCUGCGGCGCCUGCAACGACUUUGCCGUCGAUGGCGCCGCCGUCUCCAGGCUCAACGACGGCAAGCCCAUUGUCCAGCCCGGCAACACCGUCACCAUCAUCGCCUCCCGCUACGACGAGAUUGUCACGCCCGCGACCACGGCCUUUGUCCAGGAGCCCGGCGUCCACAACAUCUUUGUCCAGGACUACUGCCCCCUCGACCCCGUCGGCCACCUUGGCGUCUCCGUCGACCUCAACGUCUGGCGACUGGUCCUCAACUCGCUCGAGAGGAAGAUCGGCCGCAAGUUCUUCUGCCUGCUCGGGCCGCCCGGCCGCUAA